UAAAACUUCACUGUUGAUAAUACGACAUUUAAGUCAUUGCGAUAACAAGUGUUGGAAUGUCCACUUUUGUACUAGUUACUUGCUACCGUUCUUCGAUUGGAGCGGGCGUGCUAUUUAGGACAUUGGAGUCAAUAAACUUUUGAGUGGAUUAACUCUGGGACAUAUGAGUCGGAAGUGCGCAUCUAAAUUAAUUAUGAAAACUGAAUGGAAAAAUUGUGCUGUGUAUAAGUGAUAUAACUGAGAAAUAUUAUGUCUCGGGCCAAGGUACCACCUGACGGAGGAUAUGGCUGGGUGGUUACGUUUGCAUAUGCUCUAAAUAAUGUUGUGGUACUCCCCUUAAUUGCGGGUUUUGGCCUUGUGUUUCAAGAAGCAUUUUCAGACACAGGUCUGUCGGCAACACAAGGGACGCUUAUUAUUAUUCUAAACCAUGGCUUUGGAAUGCUAUUAUCGUUCUUCGGAGGUCCAGUUCUCCGAAGAUUUGGAUACAGAAAAGUCGCUGUGGUUGGUGCCAUCCUUAUAUCUCUUGGGCUUAUGCUGACAUCCAUUUCUUCUAACUUCUGGCUAUUUCUACUAUCUUACAGUAUUAUUAAUUCUAUGGGAGUAGCGGCUGUUAUGGCAGCGUUUUCAUUAGCAAUAAACUCAUUCUUCAAAGAGAAAAGAGGAAGAGCUAUAGGGGUUGGAAUGUCAAUUACAGGCCUUGGAGCUAUAUAUAUGCCUUUAGUCAUGAGUGUUCUUAUGUACGCGUACGGCUGGAGAUAUGCAGUUCUCAUUUUGGGCGCAAUAUGCCUACACUCACUUUUAGCGGCAUGUCUACUUAGACCAGCUAAAUGGUAUUUAAAGACUACACCAAAAACAGAAGAAGAGGAACCAUUGAAUAAAGAAGUAGAUGUUGAAUUAAUUAAUGGUAGUGUAACGCCGUCUAAGGAUAUAGGCAUUUCAUCAGUUACAAAUUCCGAACAGAUUAGAGAAAAUGGAGACCUUCCAACGGAUAGUCUUAAAAAUAGAAAUGCUGCCUCGCAGCCAGAUAUUAGUAAAACCACUGAUGAUUCGUACCUAUCUGAAUCAAGGUACAAGUGGUGGGAAUCUCAAGAAAUUAAUUUGGGUAGUUCUAUUAAUAUAUUCAGAGAGUUCGAUAAAGUACAUAAGGAGAAGGAAGUUGUAUGUGAGACAAAGACUGAGGAUAAGACGUAUCUACAGAGAUUCAUUGAUUUCUUUGACUUGACGUUACUAAGCGAUCCGAUAUUCGUCAAUAUGUUGGUUGGAAUGUCCCUCGCUUCAUGCGUGGAAACGAACUUUUCACUUCUCCUUCCAAUUAUUCUGAAGGAUAUGCUUCAAUUCGAAACAUCUGAAAUUGCAAAGAUCAUGGCGGUGAUUGGCUUUUCAGAUACACUAUUUCGUUUUCUCUCACCAUUUAUUGGUGAGUGGUGCAAUAAACCACCACGAGUUAUGUACAUGGUCAGUUUGCUGGUCAUCAUCUUUACGAGGACCGUAAUGCUAUUCACAACGUCGUUUCUCGGAAUGGUCCUUGUGGGGCUCGCAAUAGGAAUCACCAAGGGUGUUAGAACUGUGUAUAUGAAUAUCAUUAUUCCGAGUUAUGUCCCUCUUGAGAGAUUGCCGUUUGCUUCAGGAAUACAAAUGUUCUUCAAUGGUAUCGUCAUAAUAACUAUUGGAUCAUCGUUAGGUCGCAUUCGUGAUGCCACAGGAUCGUACACGGCGCCUAUAACAGUACUGAACUUUGUCACAUUAUUAACUAUUAUCUUAUGGAGUGCAGAAUUUUUAUAUUUUAGAAUAACGAAAAAGAACACAGAAAAGUAGUGUAUAUAGGGAUGUAAAUAAGUGUUGUACAUAUCA